UGACACAGAUAUGAUACUGGCUGAUGGUAUUACUCUUCUAUGCAGUGACCUCCAGGUGGAUCCCCAAGAUAUUGUUAUGGUAGUUGUUUCAUGGCACAUGAAGGCUUCUACCAUGUGUGAAUAUUCCAAAGAAGAGUUUUUCACUGGUUUGAAGGCACUAGGGAUAGAUUCAUUGGAGAAGUUUCUUGAGAGGAUACCAUUUAUGCGCUCUGAGCUGAAAGAUGAGCAAAAGUUUCGUGAGAUAUAUAACUUUGCAUUUGGCUGGGCAAAAGAAAAGGGUCAGAAAUCUUUGGCAUUGGAUACUGCAAUUGGUAUGUGGCAAUUGCUCUUUGCUGAGAUGCAGUGGCCAUUGGUUGACCAUUGGUGCCAGUUUUUACAGGCCCGACAUAAGAAAGCGAUCUCUGAGGACACGUGGUCUCAACUUUUGGAGUUUGCUAGAACGAUAGACUCUGCACUAUCAAAUUACGAUGCCGAAGGUUCAUGGUCCUAUCUUAUAGAUGAAUUUGUAGAAUACUUGAACGAGAAUGGCAUCAUUCAAGAUGGUGACUCUAGUCAUUCGACCCAAAAACUAUAAAAGGACUGAUGGGCGAUAGUAUCAUUGUGUGGAAUUUGUGGAAGUGCUUGAUCUUUCUGGAAAAUAAGAUGCAAAAUACCUUGUGUUGUGACAAUUGGUACACAAUGCAUUUUUUUAGUUUGACGAGGACUGUUAGCAUCGUUUUUUGCAUUUUUUUGGUUUGAUCAUUGUGCUUCUAUUUUU